AUCUCACAUUGGGACCCUCCACCUCUCGUAGGUGAAUCUGGUUCGGAGAGCAACAUCACCUCGUGCGAUGACAUUGCGUCCACUCUAACUGUACGGACUCCCUCCAACCAAGGGUCCCUGCGAAGCCGCCCAAUCCUGAAAGGCUGCAUGUUGACCAAUAUGGUCCUGGGACAAAUUACCGGCUAUCCAAAGAUGCUCGUCCUAGGAGACCGCCUUCCUCCGUUUAUCCAUGCGCCUUGCUACAUAGACGAGACGCUUGCUCCAGAAUGUGGAGAGAUGGGGAAACACCAAUGCUUGCCCAAGAGGCUUGCCAUUUGCGCCAGCUUGGUGGAUAUGUUCUAUUCGCGGACAGAUGCCAACGCGGAUUUUGUCUGGCAGACGAUAUAUUCUGAGGGACAGAGAUUACAUGAAGAGUAUAAAAGCCUAGACCCAUACGGCCAGCUUGCUGCCUUACAGGCGGUCAUCAUAUAUAUCCUCCUACAAGCUCAGGAUCCCGAAACAGCGGAACGAAAUGGCGCCAAUGCUCUGCUCUUGGUUAUGACGGAACUCUUCACUUGCCUCACUGAGAGCAUUGACUGGGAUGCAUGUGACUUUAUGGAAAGACCAGACAGACAGCAAUGGGUAUUAAGGGAGUCUUUAAGACGGAUAGUCGCCUUGCUGGGCCUUGUCGAACUACUAUUCGAAGGCCUAAUCCCACCUCACGCAGCCCAAGCCAACCCUCCCUACAAAAACUUCCGGUCUACUCCUCUACCAUGUCAGCGCGACUUGUGGGAAGCCCGCACCAACAGAUCCUGGAGGCGAGAGCUGAAGCUCUACCUCUCAGGCUGGACGUCGCACGAAGUGUUAACAGUCGGAGACCUGCUUGAGUUGGAUGACGCGGGUUGUUUCAAGAACACUUGGAACAAUCAGCAGGCGUACAGCAAGUUGCCGGAUGCGGUCAAUUGGUGCGGAAACUCUGAUUCGUUGGGGAUGUUGAUCUGGAUGGUGCUUCCGUUUCAGAGAUGGAGAAAGAAGGAUGCCCGCUGGUAAUUCGAGGAAUACAUAGAGGCCAAUUUGCCUAUAGCUCAGUACCAUUCAGGUGACACUACAUUCACUUUACCUUAUU